UAACCGUCUCAACAGGUUUAAUAGAUUUCACUCUUUUCUCAUCCUUUUUCAUAGCACGCAGAAGCAAAAAACAAGAUGGCGGGAAACGAUUGGAUAAGCAGUUACCUGGAAGCGAUCCUGGACGUUGGUCCGGGAAUCGACGAAGCCAAAUCGUCGUUUUUGCUAAGGGAGAGAGGUCAUUUCAGUCCAACUCGCUACUUCGUGGAAGAGGUCAUCACUGGUUACGAUGAGUCCGAUCUCCACCGUUCUUGGAUUCGAGCGGCUGCGACGAGGGGUCCUAAGGAGAGGAACACGAGACUGGAGAAUAUGUGCUGGAGGAUUUGGAAUUUGGCUCGAAAGAAGAAGCAGCUUGAGGGGGAGGAAGCUCAACGCAAUGCUAAGCGUCGCCUUGAAUGUGAAAGGGGCCGCAAAGAGGCAACUGCUGACAUGUCUGAAGACCUUUCAGAAGGAGAGAAAGGAGAGUUUCCUGGUGAUGUUUCAUCUCAUGGUGAUAGUGUCCAAGGAAGAAUGCAUAGAAUUGUUUCUGUUAAUUUGAUGGAGAACUUGGCCAAUCAGCUCAAAGAAAGGAAGCUCUAUAUUGUGUUGAUAAGUCUUCAUGGUUUGAUAAGGGGUGAAAACAUGGAGCUUGGUCGUGAUUCUGAUACAGGUGGUCAGGUUAAGUAUGUAGUAGAACUUGCUAGGGCCUUGGGCACUAUGCCAGGAGUAUAUCGGGUUGACUUGCUGACAAGACAAGUAUCAGAUCCAGAUGUGGAUUGGAGUUAUGCUGAACCAACAGAGAUGCUUUCUCCAAGAACUACAGAGAACUCGAUACAGGAGCUUGGUGAGAGCAGCGGUGCUUAUAUUAUUCGUAUACCCUUUGGUCCAAAAGAUAAAUAUAUACCCAAAGAACUUCUUUGGCCUCAUAUUCCUGAGUUUGUUGAUUACGCACUUAGUCACAUUCGACAGAUGUCCAAAGUUCUGGGUGAGCAAAUUGGCGGUGGGCAGCCAGUCUGGCCUGUUGCUAUUCAUGGACAUUAUGCAGAUGCGGGAGAUUCUGCGGCCCUUCUAUCUGGAGCUCUAAACGUGCCAAUGAUUUUUACCGGCCACUCACUUGGUAGGGAUAAGCUAGAACAGAUCUUGAAACAAGGUCGACAGUCGAGAGAAGAAAUAAAUACGACUUACAAAAUCAUGCGGAGGAUAGAGGCUGAGGAGUUAUCUCUUGAUGCAUCUGAAAUUGUUAUAACUAGCACCAGACAGGAGAUAGAAGAACAGUGGCGCCUUUAUGAUGGCUUUGAUCCAGUAUUGGAGCGCAAACUUAGAGCAAGGAUCAGAAGAGGUGUUAAAUGUCAUGGGAGGUUUAUGCCCCGUAUGGUUGUAAUUCCUCCUGGGAUGGAGUUUCAUCACAUUGUUCCUCAUGAUGAGGACAUGGAUGGAGAUAUGGAAAGAAAUGAAGAAAAUCCUACUCCUGACCCUCCUAUUUGGUCUGAGGUAAUGCGUUUCUUUACAAACCCUCGUAAACCGAUGAUUCUUGCCCUUGCUCGGCCAGACCCUAAGAAGAAUAUUACAACUUUAGUCAAAGCUUUUGGAGAGUGCCGACCUUUAAGGGAGCUCGCUAAUCUGACAUUAAUAAUGGGAAACCGUGAAAAUAUUGAUGAAAUGUCUGGCACCAAUGCAACUGUGCUUCUCUCGAUUCUUAAACUGAUUGACAAAUAUGAUUUGUAUGGCCAAGUAGCAUACCCUAAGCACCACAAGCAGUACGAAGUUCCUGACAUUUACGGUCUAGCAGCAAAAACUAAGGGUGUUUUUAUUAAUCCAGCUUUUAUUGAGCCAUUUGGGCUUACUUUAAUCGAGGCAGCAGCAUAUGGCUUGCCUGUUGUCGCCACGAAAAAUGGGGGUCCUGUUGACAUUCACAAGGUUCUCGACAAUGGUGUACUAGUUGAUCCCCAUGAUCAGCAGUCUAUUGCUGAUGCUCUUCUAAAACUUGUUUCAGAUAAGCAAUUGUGGGCGAGAUGCCGACAGAAUGGAUUGAAAAAUAUUCAUCAAUUCUCUUGGCCAGAGCAUUGUAAAACAUAUUUGUCCCGGAUAGCCAUGUGCAAGCCAAGGCAACCACAGUGGCAGAGAAGUGAUCUGGGAUUCGAAAAUCCAGAACCGAACUCACCUGGUGAUUCUUUGAGAGACAUACAUGAUUUAUCUUUAAACUUGAAGUUAUCACUGGAUGGUGAAAAGAGUGAAGGAACUGGAACUCUUGAUAGUUACUUGGAUUCCAUUGAUAGAAAAAGCAACAUGGAGAAUGCAUAUUUAAAGUCGUCGAAGGGUACUAUCGGGGGUGCCGAAAAGGCAAGUUUAGUGGAGAAGGCAGAGCAAAUUGUCAGUGGCAAUAAGUGUCUAGCGAUGAGGAUGAGGAAAUACAUUUAUGUGAUAGCCGUUGAUUGUGAUUCAACCUCCGAUAUUCCUAGAAUAAUGAAGGCAGUUAUGGAUGUGGCAGGAAAAGAGAGUCUUGUUGGGUUCAUAUUAUCGACAUCCUUGUCCAUAUCUGAGGUACACUCUCUUCUUAUCUCAGGAAGCAUAAGCCCACUGGAUUUCGAUGCUUUUAUAUGUAACAGUGGUGGCGAAUUGUACUACCCUUUGACUAGUUCGGAGGACAAUACCGGACUUCCCUUCAUGGUGGACACAGAUUAUCAAUCGCACAUUGAAUAUCGUUGGGGUGGAGAAGGUUUAAGGAAAACUUUGGUUCGAUGGGCUACUUCUGUCAAUGAUAAAAACGGAGAGAUUGUUUCCGAAGAUGAAUCUCGAUCUACUGUCCAUUGCUAUGCAUUCAAUGUGAAGGAGCCUGAAUUGGUUCCCCCGAUUAAGGAGCUUCAAAAGUUGAUAAGAAUUCAGGCCCUUAGAUGCAAUGUUAUCUACUGUCAAAACGGCUCCACAUUAAAUGUAAUCCCCAUUUUAGCUUCUCGAGCUCAAGCUUUAAGGUACCUGUACAUUCGUUGGGGCAUGGAGUUAUCAAACUCGGUCAUCUUUGCUGGAGAAUGCGGAGACACGGAUUACGAAGCCCUGCUUGGAGGAGUCCAUAAAACAGUCUUGUUGAAAGGAAUCGGCAACACUGCUCUUAAGCUUCACUCCAGCAGAAUCUACCCUCUAGAACAUGUCCUUCCAUCUGACAGUCCCAACAUCCUCCUAGCUGAAGAAUGCAGCACCAAGGAUAUAAGGUCAUCGCUGCGGAAACUUGGGGUUAUCGAGGACUAGCCGAUCACUGCUAAACUUGGGGUUAUCAAGGACUACCUGAUCACUGCUACUCCCGGCUAGACUAUAAAGGCUACAACUUAAUAUUGAUAGUCAUACAUACAUCACUUCCUUGUCUCCUUCACCAUAUAGCAAAGAAAAUCAAAUCCAUUUUUUAUUU